UAUGCAGAAUUUGUGAAUAUAUAGCCGCUUCGUCUCGAAAAUCUAAUGAAGCUUAGCACAUUGAUAGCGGCACGACCUAUUUUUGUCUUUAUAGUUCUGGCAUUGCUGGUAUUGCUGCUUCCAAGUUUAGUGAUCUCAUGUUGGUAUAAAAUAACCAGACGAAUUGAAGAAAAUGUGGAUUUGAACACCCAUAACUUGAAUUCUGGACUGCUAUCUGAAAUUGAGAACCUAGCAAAAUCGGUACACCCAUUAAAUUCAUCUGCUACAGGUUUAGCAAGAUUUUUUAGUUUGUCCAUCAACCAAAGUGAUGCGAUCUCAUUCAAUGAGAUCGAGACUAAGGUGGCUCCUAUAUUAUUUCAAGCAUUUUCAACAAUUCCUUACAUAUCACAAAUUUCAUAUGUUGGAUUAGACGGUCUCCUGUUUUCCUACUAUAUUGAUGGCAAUCAAACUCUAUCAGCGUACGCUAACUCUUCAUUUCCUUUGAAUUUGGAUCCUCUGAAAGAACGAAAGAAGUAUGUUUGGUACAAGCAACCAGUGGAUGAUUACUCAGGAAAGGUCAAUGGAGAAGCUGUUAAAUCCCAUUCCUUCAAUGCUGUCAAUACAAGCUGGUUUCAAGCAGCAUUGAAUGAUUCGUGGGGAUAUUCUUCUGUAGAAAAUGGAUGGAAUAGUGCUGGCGAUCCUUUGUUUCUUAACAGUGCUGGCAUAUAUGGAAGAGGUGUUGUUUCCUUGGGAUUUCCAGUUAAAAGAUUAGCUGAUAUCUUUGCUGAUAUAGAUCUUUAUGGUGGAACCUUAAGCAUGGCUACAAUGGAUGGAAAAAUGCUGGUAGAUGGAAUUCCAAACACUAGAUUAACCUCUGUCAAUAAUUCCAUUUCCUUACAGUUAAUGAAGCCAAAUGGUGUUCAGAAUUUUUCAUUAACGCCUAGAAGUGGCAUAUCAGCAACCUAUAUUGUGGACAUUGGGGAAAAACAGUACGGUAUUCAUUAUUCGCUGGUUGAAAUCUCAGGAGUGCAAUCGGUAUAUGUAUUGGCUUUACCUCGUAAAGAUUUGACAAACCUAGUUCACUGGAAGAGCAAGCUUUCUCUCAUUCUUCUAGCAGUAAUGAUAGUCAUGGUGGUAAUCUCCAUUCUUAGUUUUGUACUCUUAAUGGUUAGAACGGCUGAAAGGGAGAUGUGCCUGCAUGCUAAGCUCAUUAAACAAAUGGAAGCAACUCAACAAGCUGAGAGAAAAAGUAUGAACAAAAGCCUUGCCUUGGCUGGUGCCAGCCAUGAUAUUCGUGCAUCAUUGGCAGGCAUAACUGGUUUUAUAGAUUUAUGCCUUACAGAUGCAGCUCCUCGUUCUGAUUUUGAGGGAUAUUUAAAACAAAUGAGUAGCUGUGCACAGGAUCUAUUAGGUUUACUGAAUUCUAUACUUGAUACAAGCAAAAUUGAAGCUGGCAUGAUGAAUUUGGAAGAAGAAGAAUUCAAUUUGGCUGAACUACUUGAAAAUGUAGUUGAUUUGUAUCAUCCUGUGGGUAUGAAAAAGGGUGUAGAUGUUGUUUUGGACCCUUGUGAUGGAUCCAUCAUAAAGUAUUCAAAAGUGAAAGGUGACAGAGGAAAACUCAUGCAAAUAUUAAGCAAUUUACUAAGCAAUGCCAUUAAAUUUACUCCUGAAGGACAUGUAUCUCUCAGAGCUUGGGUCCAAAAGCCUAAUUUUGAAAGUGCAAUACUUGCUUCUGGCCGAAAUGGUUUACACAAGUAUUUGUCCUGCUUGUUUUACAACAACAAUGAAGCCCGCAGUGACAUGGAAGUGAUAAGUGCUGUUAGACAGAAUCCUAAUUCCAUGGAAUUUGUGUUCGAGGUGGAUGAUACAGGUAAAGGGAUUCCCAAAGAGAAGCAACAAUCUGUCUUUGAAAACUUUGUUCAGGUCAAAGAAACAGCUGCUGGACAAGUAGGCACUGGCUUAGGCCUUGGUAUUGUUCAAUCUUUGGUACGUCUAAUGGGUGGAGAGAUCGGAAUUGUUGAUAAAGAGAUUGGUGAAAAGGGGAGUUGCUUCAGAUUUAAUGUUUUCCUCACUACAUGUGAGACUUCCUCCAUCAACAAUACAAAAUGGGAAAAGGAGUCUCAACGUGAUCCCGUGUCUGGCGGCACACAAAAAUAUUCGGGGUUGACCAUCCACACUCCAAGUCCUAGCUUGACCAUUCGAACUUCUAGUCCCAAACUCACCAUUCGUACUUCUAGUCCCAAGUUGGAGGGAUCUCAAGUUGUUCUCUUGAUGCAAAAUGAAGAGCGGCGAAGAAUUUCACAAAAAUUUAUGGAGAGUCUUGGGAUAAGUGUAUUGGUUGUAGAUCAAUGCCACUGUCUUCCUUCUGCACUGAAUAAGAUAAAAUCCAAGCUAAUUUCCUCUCACCAUUCUUCAAGGAGAUUAGAUUUGAGUUCUAGAAGUGACAUUUCUAGUACAAGUUCCAAGGAUAUGCCUCUAAGUGCCAUGGACGGGACAGAGCACAAAUUACCUUUCAACAGACGCAGAGGUGCACCAAGCUUCAUACUACUUGUGAUUGAUGUCAAUGCAGGACCAUUUUCAGACAUCUUGAGGGUUGUGGCUGAAUUUCGAAGAGGCCUUCACAGUAUAUGUUGUAAGGUUGUUUGGUUAGACAAACCAACUUCACGUAGCAUAAAUUUUACAAGUCUCGAUCCUGGGGAUGAAAUUCUGUUACAACCUUUUCAUGGUUCUCGAUUGUGUCAAGUCAUUAAACUUCUUCCAGAAUUUGGAGGUACCUUGUCUCAGGGAAUUUCGGCUAAUCUAGAAAAUUCAUCACCUACGAAGCAUUCUUCUAUCAGGGCAAGAUCAAGAAAUUCUCCACAUAAUAAAGAGACACAAGAAGAUGGUAGCUCAAGUGAUGAACGAUAUAGGAAGAAAGACUUCUCGUAUGCUCCAGUUCAAACUCAUGUGAAGUUGAACUCAAAAAUUUCUUCAAUUCAUCAACUUGGACAGACUGAAAUAAAAAAUGAUAGUGCCGAGUCAAGUACGGAGAAGCCCUUGAGUGGGAAAAGAAUCCUGAUUGCCGAGGAUAACAAAAUGCUAAGCUAUGUUGCUGCAGCUACCGUUAGACAGCUUGGUGCUAAUGUUGAGCAGUGUGAAAAUGGAAAGGAUGCUUUGGAACUAGUUUGCAAUGGUCUUAAAGAUCAGACAAACGAUGAAGGUCAUCAUAUUCUUCCUUACGACUAUAUAUUAAUGGAUUGUCAGAUGUCACCGAUGGAUGGAUAUGAAGCAACGAGACAGAUAAGAAACGAGGAGGAACAUUACGGUGUUCACAUCCCAAUCAUCGCGUUAACUGCUCAUACAUCAGGCGUGGAGGUAGAGGAAACAAUUAGAUCUGGAAUGGAUGCUCAUCUGGGUAAACCUUUGAAGCCAAAAGAACUGAUGCAAGCCAUUAAAAAUAUCCAGAAAAAGAACAUUGUUUGACUGAUCUCCUGA